AUGUCAACCACCACUGCAACAGAACCCACCACAUCAACUGCCACCGUGACAACAGUGGAGUCUACCACAUCAACCACAAUGGUGCCGGCAACACAACCCACCACGCCAACCACCAUGGCAACAGCAGCAGAGCCCACCAUGUCAACACCACUUCGACAGGACACACCACAUCAACCACCACAGCAGCAGAUCACGUGCGUCAACUGCCACAGCGUUAGCAAUGGAGCCCACCAUCUCAACUACAACAGCAACAACAACAGAACCCACCAUGUCAACCACCACAAUAAAGGCAGCAGAGCCAACCACAAGGGCAACAGAACCCACCACGUCAAACACCAUGGCAGCAGAGCCCGCCGCCACCACCCCCUCCCGCACCGGCCACCACAGCAGUGA